AUAUCUUUUCUUCAGCUCCUGCUCCUGCGACAUUUUUACUUAAUCCUUGUAAUUUGUGAUCUGAAGAACCAGUUGCGACAAUGCCUAGGUAUUACUGUGAUUAUUGUGACACUUACUUGACUCACGAUUCUCCUUCUGUUAGGAAGCAGCACAAUGCUGGAUAUAAACAUAAGGCUAAUGUUAGAACAUAUUAUCAACAAUUUGAGUCACAACUACAUCAAAUAAUGGUUGAUCAAAAGAUAAAGGAACAUCUUGGGCAAGCUGCAGCAUUCAGGCCAGUUGGUGCUCCUUUCAACCCAUUAAGGCCUCAGCUUCCUCUUCUGCCUACUCCUGGAAUGACAAUGAUGGGUGGUGGACCGAUGAAUAUGGGUCCGCCAUUAAUUCCUGGAAUGAGACCUCCAAUGUUGCCACCGCCAUAUCCUGGCGCACCAGGAGGAUACAUGUCUGGUCCACCAGGUAUGAUGCCACAAAUGGCACCACCGCCUAUGGCUCCUUUGCCAGGUCAGCAACAACAACAACAACAACAACAACAGCCACCUAUGGUACUUCCAAGGCCUCCCCCUCUCAGUGCUCACCCUGCAUUUCCAGGGGGAAUGAUGUUACCAAAUUCAACUGGGAUUGCUCCUUCAUCUGCUGCUACGCCAUCUAUUUACCAAGGCGGUGUUGAUAAUCUCAACUUGAAUGCUGCACCUUCAGACUCUGAUUACCCACCACCAUUUGCAAUAUUCAGUCCCUUCAAACAUCCAUUAAUGGCGGCUACACCCAUAUCAAUUUGGCCGGCGACAUUCUUGGCACUAUCAAUGUCAGUGAUGGUGAUGACAGUAGCAAGUUCCAAACUUCAUGAUUUACCAAUUAAACCAUCUUCAAUAGCAGCUUCACCUGCAGCCGGAUUCUUCCCACACCCACCUCUCUCAUCUCCUCCUCCGGCGUUCUCGCCGGACACUCUGCCUCUCUUUCCAUCUCCUGGAGCCGCAACUCCUUCUCCGACGGAAUCUUCAAUUCCGACCAUCCCUUCCAGUCAAAGCCCACCAAACCCAGAUGUCAUUGGAGCAUCAGGGCCUGAUUCGGCAAUGUCGCCGGCAGGAACUUUGUUGCCGUCUUCCUCGGCCUUUGACCCUGACUCAUCUUCUCCGGCUGUAAGGUCUUCAAGUUUGGCCAUGGCUGUAACUGGUACAGUGGCAUUAUGGGUAAUUAUGCAGCUUAAUUAAUUAAGUAAUUUAUCUACUAUGUGAUUUUAUUUUUGGGGGGAAGAUUAAUUUAAUUAUUAUUAGUAGUCAUAAAAUUGUUUUGUGUAUUAAAUUUAUUAGAAGGUGUAUUAUUAGUGAUGAUUGGAACUCCUUAAUUGCAAUAAUAAGUCUUUAAUUGAAGGAUUUUGAUGGUU